CAACAUUCACAUCACCAACCUCCAUCUUUAUUAUACCAACCAACACACCACUAACAUGCUUCCAAACUAGCAAAAAAUAUCCACUUCCCACUCAUUUCUGCUCCUCCAUUGAGGCUUAUCACACAUUAACACGUAUGCUAAUCCCCACCCUUAGCUGACGCGCUUUUUCGCCCUUUUAUUUCCUUGCUACCUUGUCGGUUACUGAACGAGAGAGAAAAGGUGGCUGGGAUUAGAGAGACGAGGGGACCUCAUAAAGACGGCUUAACCCUUGCUUUGCUUGUCCUACUUUACCCAGUUUACUACUACUACUACUUUUUUACAUUCCAGAGGGAUUCUAGACUGAUUCGAGGAAAUAUAUUACAAUCCCUUGGCUAAUAUCUUGAUCUGCCUUCACCCGCUGUCAUCCCUUGUUGACCGAGGUUGGUAUUUACACUACCUUCGCUCUCUGUCCUACUCGACUCCAACCUCAACCACCCUCGAAGCUACCACUCAUUCCACCAACCAAAUCCUCACCAUGCAAUUCUCACACCUCGCCGCCGUGCUGGCAGCAGCAUCCAUAUCUCUCCUAUCAACACCAGCUACUGCCCAGACAACCGCAAACUGCGAUCCUCUCCAUACCACCUGCCCACCAGACCCAGCCCUAGGCCGAGCAAUCAGCGUCGACUUCACCCAAGGCGCCGUCGACUCCUUCACCUCCCAAGGCAACCCGACCUACGAAUCCGACGGCGUGCACCUCAGCGUCGCCGCCUCGGGCAACGCCCCCCAACUAAACAGCCGCUUCUACAUCAUGUUCGGCAAAGUCAGCGUAACCAUGAAAGCCGCCCCCGGCGCCGGCAUCGUCAGCUCCGUCGUCCUCGUCUCCGACACCUCCGACGAGAUCGACUUCGAAUGGCUCGGCGCCACCCCCAACGAAGCCCAAUCCAACUACUUCGGCAAAGGCCAAGUAACCACCUACAACCGCGGCGCCUUCCACCAGACCGCCGAGAACCAGAACCAGUUCCUCACCUACGACAUCGAGUGGACAGCCACCCAGAUCAUCUGGUCCAUCUCCGGCUCCGUCGUCCGCGUCCUCAACGCCGUCGACGCAGACACGAACCAAUACCCGCAAUCACCCAUGCAAGUCAAAUUCGGCAGCUGGUCUGGCGGCGACCCCGCAAACGCACCUGGCACCAUCGCAUGGGCGCGCGGACCGACGGAUUUCUCGCUCGGACCGUUCAGUAUGGUCGUGUCUUCCAUCGCUAUCACGGAUUACUCCACGGGCACCUCAUACGAGUAUAAGGGGAAUAGCGGGAAUAUGGCGGAUAUCGUGUCCAACGGCGGGGAGAUCGGAGCGAAUAAGGGCGCGACGGCUACGACGAAUGAGGCCCCUGCUGUGACGAGCUUGUCGCCGAGUGUGCCGGCGGGGUUGGGCUCGAGCUCGGAUGAGGCGAGCCAGACUAUUGUGGUGGAGGGCGUGCCGAGCGGGUGGGUCGUGGCUAGUAAUGGAAAGAUUGUGCCUAUCGGUGCCGGGGCUGUGAGCAGACCUAGCAUCGUUGGUGUCGCUGCCGGUGUUGUUUUUGCUGUUGCGGCGGCUUGGUUGAGCUGCUGAGUGGAGGAAAGUUGACGCAGGCAGGCGAUGUCUCGCGAGAGACUGGCUGACUGGACUGCCUCUGUAUGAGUAUUAUCUUUGUGCAGCGACUGAGCGUUUUUGGGAGCAUUGGUUAGCGAUUGGUUGGCAUUGAUUAGCGUUUUGGUAUUGGACUGGACUUGGGAUGGCUAUAGAUGGAUUGGGAUGGGGUUAUUGGCGCAUGGAUGCGGAAAAUAGAUGGGGAUGAGGAGGCCAGAAUGAGGGAUUGUAUUGUAAGACGACGGUUACGAGAGAUUAGACUACGAAAGGGGACGGCGGUAUAGAUUAAUGAAUGGUUAUGAGGAGAAGAAUUGGAUUGUAAAAGUC